AAAUCAUGGAAAUGGCCAAAAUUGUAGUAUAAAUAGGACCUCUAUGGUUGCCCAAAGACACAUAACAAACAACAAUAUUCUACGUAGUAGUUCAUAGAAUUAUCUAAGAUGAUGAUGAAAAGAAUGGGGGCUUGGAUGUUGCUAGCAUUAUUGACUUUGAUUGGCGAAUGGUCUGGUCGUUGUUAUGGGUGUUUGGAGGAAGAGAGGAUUGGUCUCUUGGAGAUCCAAUCUUUGAUCGACCCAGAUGGCAUUUCCUUGAGACAUUGGGUGGACAGUAGUAAUUGUUGUGAGUGGCCUGAAAUCGAGUGUGAUAACACUACAAAGCGAGUGAUCCAACUCUCUCUUAGUGAAGCAAGGGAUUAUAGCUUGGGCGAUUGGGUUCUCAACGCAUCUUUGUUUCAGCCUUUCAAAGAAUUGCAAAGUCUUGAUUUGGGAUAUACUAGAUUGGUUGGUUGCAUGGAGAAUGAAGGCUUCGAAGUCCUAUCAUCAAAACUGAGCAAUCUUGACCUACGUGUUAACCAAUUUACUAAUGAUAAAAGCAUUUUGUCAUGUUUCAAUGGUAACCUUUCCACUCUCAAGUCUUUGGAUCUAUCAGACAAUUGGUUGACAGCUGGAUCAGGUUUCAAAGUCUUGUCAUCAAGGUUGAAAAAGCUGGAGAACCUUCAUCUAUGGGGGAAUCAAUUCAACGAUAGCAUUUGUCCAUCUCUAACUGGAUUUUCAUCCCUCAAGUCUUUGGAUCUAUCGUUCAAUCAGCUGACAGGAUCAGGUUUCAAAGUCUUGUCAUCAAGGUUGAAAAAGCUGGAGAACCUUCAUCUAUGGGAGAAUCAAUUCAACGAUAGCAUUUUUCCAUCUCUAACUGGAUUUUCAUCCCUCAAGUCUUUGGAUCUGUCCUACAAUGAGUUGACAGGAUCAGGUUUUGAGAUCAUAUCAUCACAUUUGAGGAAACUCGAGAACCUGGACCUGAGCCAUAAUAUAUUCAACGACAGCAUUUUAUCACAUCUGCGUGGAUUUUCUUCUCUCAAGUCUUUAAAUUUAUCAUAUAAUGAGUUGACAGGAUCGACGACUGUCAAUGGGACUUUCUUCAAUUCUAGCACCCUUGAAGAAUUGCAUCUAGAUCGUACUUCUCUCCCAAUAAACUUUCUCCAGAAUAUUGGAGCAUUGCCUGCUCUUCAAGUCUUGUCUGUUGGUGGAUGUGACCUCCAUGGCACCCUACCCGCUCAAGGUUGGUGUGAAUUGAAGAAUCUGAAGCAGUUAGAUAUCUCUGGAAAUAAUUUAGGAGGUUCACUCCCAGAUUGUAUGGGAAACUUGUUAUCUUUACAACUAUUAGAUGUUUCUGAAAACCAAAUUACUGGAAAUAUUGCCUCUAGUCCCCUUACCAACCUCAUAUCCCUUGUAUUCCUCUCACUAUCAAAUAACCUCUUUGAAGUUCCCACUUCAAUGAAGCCUUUUUUGAACCACUCAAGCCUCAAGUUCUUCUCUAGUGAGAACAACAGACUAGUAGCAGAACCUGCUGCCAUUGAUAAUUUGAUUCCAAAGUUCCAACUAGUCUUUUUUAGCUUGUCAAAAACAACAGAAGCAUUCAAUGUAGAAAUUCCCGACUUCCUCUAUUACCAAUACAACUUAAGAGUCCUUGAUCUCUCCCACAACUACAUCACCGGAAUGUUUCCAUCAUGGUUGCUUAAGAACAACACACGAUUGGAGCAACUAUAUCUGAGCAAGAACUCCUUUGUUGGUGCUUUGAAGUUGCAAGAUCACCCAUAUCCGAAUAUGACCAAAUUAGAUAUAUCCAACAACAACAUGAACGGUCAAAUUUCAAAAAAUAUUUGUUUGAUCUUUCCAAAUCUGUUGAGCUUAAGGAUGGCUAAGAAUGGAUUCACAGGUUGUAUUCCUUCUUGUUUAGGAAAUAUUAGCUCUUUGAAAAUUUUAGAUUUAUCCAACAAUCAAUUGUCCACAGUAAAACUAGAACAACUAACAACAAUAUGGUUUCUCAAGUUGUCAAACAACAAUUUGAGUGGGCAAAUACCAACCUCGGUGUUCAAUUCUUCAACCUCAGAAUUUCUCUAUCUAAGUGGUAACAACUUUUGGGGUCAGUUAUCAGAUUUUCCAUUAUAUGGGUGGAAAGUGUGGAGUGUAUUGGAUUUGAGUAACAAUCAAUUUUCAGGCAUGCUUCCAAGGUGGUUUGUCAAUUCUACACAACUUAAGAUAGUUGAUUUGUCCAAAAACCAUUUUAAGGGUCCGAUCCCAAGAGGCUUUUUUUGUAAGUUUGACCAACUUGAAUAUUUGGACCUUUCUGAGAACAACUUGUCUGGAUAUAUAUCAUCUUGUUUCAAUUCACCACAAAUAACCCAUGUGCAUCUAUCCAAAAAUAGAUUGAGCGGUCCAUUAACAUAUGGAUUUUAUAACAGCUCUUCCCUGGUUACGAUGGAUCUUCGAGAUAACAGCUUCACCGGCUCCAUUCCAAAUUGGAUUGGCAAUCUUUCAUCAUUGAGUGUUCUUCUUCUACGGGCUAAUCACUUUGAUGGUGAGCUCCCUGUUCAGUUAUGCUUGUUAGAACAAUUAAGCAUUUUGGAUGUUUCACAAAACCAACUCUCCGGUCCACUACCCUCUUGUUUGGGGAAUCUUACCUUCAAGGAAAGUUCCCCGAAAGCAUUCGCGGAUCCUGGAGAAAUUUUUCCAUCAAGGUCCAUAGAAAAAGCUUAUUAUGAAACAAUGGGCCCACCACUAGUGGAUAGUGUGUACAACUUGGGAUAUUAUUUUUGGCUUAACUUUACAGAAGAAGUGAUAGAAUUUACAACUAAAAAAAUGUCUUAUGGUUACAAAGGGAUAGUUCUCAGCUACAUGUAUGGUAUUGAUCUCUCCAAUAACAACUUAAUAGGAGCAAUCCCACUAGAAUUUGGAAAGUUAAGUGAGAUACUGUCAUUAAACUUAUCACACAACAAUCUCACUGGAUCUAUCCCUGCAACAUUCUCAAACCUAAAGCAGAUUGAGAGUUUGGAUCUUUCUUACAACAACUUGAAUGGUGUCAUCCCUCCACAACUUACUGAAAUUACCACACUAGAAGUUUUUAGUGUGGCGCACAAUAACUUGUCAGGUAAGACACCCGAGAGAAAAUAUCAGUUUGGGACCUUCGAUGAAAGUUGUUACGAAGGAAAUCCUUUCUUGUGUGGACCUCCAUUGCGAAACAAUUGUAGCGAGGAAGCAGUGCCGUCGCAGCCAGUGCCUAAUGAUGAACAAGGAGAUGAUGGUUUCAUAGACAUGGAGUUCUUCUACAUCAGUUUCGGUGUAUGUUACACAGUUGUGGUGAUGGCGAUUGCAGCAGUUCUCUACAUCAAUCCAUAUUGGCGACGCAGGUGGUUGUACUUCAUCGAAGACUGCAUAGGUACUUGCUACUAUUUUGUGGUGGCUAGUUAUCGCAAGUUCUCCAACUUCAGAAGGUGAAUUUGUUACUAGGAAGAUGGUCGUUCCUAGUUUUUGAUGAUUGUUUGUCCUGUAUGUCUAGCUAUUGGGUGCUUCAUUUGUAGUGUACUGUCUCUAAGCUCAGCCUCUCAAUUUGAUUAGUUAUUUGUGCUAAAUAAGCAGGACUUGUCAUUCCUGAACCAUUAGGAAGGGAACUGAUUUGGAUUGGUCAUUGACUCGGCUAUGAUUACUCUUUCAAUUCUCAAGACUUGUUUGAAAAUAAAUUGCCAAAACCACUACUAAGUAGAAACAAAAUAUUCUAUGCCUCUAUUUCAAGGGCUACCCCACCUCAGUUAUUCAAUCAAAGCAUUGAAAUUGGAGCAAGAAGAUCCACCUUCUUCAACAGCCUUCCUGGCCAUUUCUCCUUUCUGCUAGCUUCUUUGCUCUUUCCUCUGCUUCUUCACCCAUCAUAAUUUGAGUGAUUGCCUUCUCUACAA